AUGGCCGAGUCAAAUUCAGUUGACGUUAUUCUAGACUUCUUGCGGAGAAACCGGUUCACUAGAGCCGAGGCAGCUUUGCGGAGUGAGCUUGGCAAUCACCCUGAUCUGAAUGGAUUCUUUCAGAAACUUUCUCUUGAAGACAAGGAGUCAGGGGAAGCUCUAGAAGAACGUAAAGGGAGCAAACCAUCAGCCAACUUUCCGAGCUCUGGUUCCCGAGAUAGUCGUGAGGUUUCUAAAGAACUUAUAGUUAAAGAAAUCGAGUGCAGUACUGACAGAAAAGGAUCUGAGGGUAGCUGGGAAGCUUCUGCCUCAACUGAUGAUCGAAAUGCGAACCCCAGCGAAACAAUUGGUGGAAUAGAUUCUGGGGAUACUGUCAUUGAUUUAUAUUCUUGGAAGUCUACUCCUAACAAUGGUCUUAACGUCUAUCAGAAUGAUAGAUCUAGUACAAGAAAUUUCUCUGGUAGAACAACAGAGCAAAGAUCUAGAGAGGAGGUUCCCUUCUCAAGUGCGAAGAAAAGUGCAUCGCAGGUUAGCAGUACUGGUGCUGCCAUCCCUGAUUCUAACAAUAGCAAAAUUCAGACAAGUGAACCUAUUGAGUUUGGUCAGCAAGUUAAGACUACUGUGUCAUAUCCUGCUGAGAACCCAUGGGCAAGAGCUGAGGUGCCUACAAGCUCUUCAGUGGACAUAUGGAAGGAUUGUUCUGUGAAGACUGUCUUGCCAUUCUCCAAGCUUGACGAAUCCACUAGCUAUGAACCUACUGCUAACACUUCAGAUAAGAAGGAAGGUAAAAAGAAAGCUGAUACAGCUGAUGUAAGGGCUUCCAUCAAAGAACAGGUUGAUGAAAUUGGCAGAGCUUUAUAUCUUGGUAAGUCACAUGCGAGUGCUGAACCAAAGAAGUUUAGUACUUCUGGGUUUGCUCUUGCAUCUGAUAGUUCCAGGGAAGAGUUUCCAAGGCUUCCACCUGUUAGACUUAAGUCAGAAGACAAAUUAUUGAAUGUCAACUGGCAGGAGAAGUUUGAGCGUGAUAAGCCAGGGGCAAAAAUUAGCAGUGCUGAUAGUUCCUUCCUUAUUGGGUCAUAUCUUGACGUUCCUAUCGGGCAGGAAAUCAACUCUUCAGCUGAUGAUUCAGGUGGAAAAAGAAUUGCAGGAGGCAGCUGGCUCUCCGUGAGUCAGGGAAUUGCAGAGGACACUUCUGACCUUGUUUCUGGUUUUGCUACAGUGGGCGAUGGAUUGAGCGAGUCUAUUGACUAUCCAAAUGAAUAUUGGGAUUCUGAUGAAUAUGAUGACGACGACGAUGUUGGUUACAUGAGGCAACCUAUAGAGGACGAGGCUUGGUUUCUGGCUCAUGAAAUUGAUUAUCCUAGUGACAAUGAGAAGGGGACGGGACAUGGGAGUGUUCCAGAUCCUCCAGAAAGAGGUCCAACAAAAGAUGAUGAUGAUGAUCAGUCCUUUGCUGAGGAAGACUCUUACUUCUCUGGGGAGCGGUACUUCCAGUCAAAAAACGAUGAGCCUGUCACAGCUUCCGAUGAUCCCAUCGGACUGUCAGUGACUGAAAUUUAUGGAAGAACUCAUGAGAAUGACUUGAUGGCACAGUAUGAUGGACAACUGUUGGAUGAAGAAGAGUUAACUUUGAUGCGCGGUGAACCUGUGUGGCAGGGGUUUGUCACUCAGACUAAUGAAUUGGUUUUGCUAGGGGAUGGGAAAGUACUCAAUGACUCUGGAAGGGCACGCUUGGAUGAUGUUUGUAUGGAUGAUGAUCAACUUGGAUCGGUUCGAUCAAUUGGUGUGGGCAUUAACAGCGAUGCUGCUGAUUUUGGGAGUGAAAUGCGCGAAAGCAUGAUUGGUGGUAGCAGUGAAGGGGAUCUGGAGUACCUUCGUGAUAAUGAUAUUGGGGCUGGGGGUUAUAGACCUAGUCAUCAAGAUUCAGAGAAGUCAUAUGUUGAUAAACAAAGCAAGGAUAGAAAGAGGGCCAGCAAACAAGAUUCAGGUAACUUUGGCAAUGAAAAUGUCACUUCUACUCAUCUCAAAUCUCACAUAGAUGGAGGAUUCUCAUUUCCUCCACCAUUGAGGGAUGACCAAGCUGCCCAGGCAGGGUCUAGCAAGUGGUCAAACAAGUCUGAUGCUGUUAUGGUUGAUGAAACCAAUGACCAUUUGGAGGCUUUGACGGUGCAUGAUGACAUGCUUGCUGGGUGGAAGCAGAAAAGUAGUGGGUCUUCAACAGCCAAAAGUUCUAGAGAAGGAUAUAAUGCUCAUGCUAUUGGCUCCGGAGACUCAACUCCUUCUACGGUUUCAAAUUACGGGUAUGCCGAACAAGAGCGAUCUAAGAAAGAGGACGACGAAAAGGUUAAUGGUGUGAUGGAAGAAGAACCUGGGGUAUCAGUUGAGGAUGAAGAGGCAGUUGCUGUUCAAGAGCAAGUGAGACAAAUCAAAGCUCAGGAGGAAGAAUUUGAAACUUUCAACCUAAAGAUUGUGCAUAGGAAAAACAGGACUGGCUUCGAGGAGGACAAGAACUUCCAUGUAGUUUUGAAUUCUGUACUAGCUGGGCGUUAUCAUGUCACUGAGUAUCUUGGGUCAGCAGCCUUCAGUAAAGCCAUUCAGGCGCAUGAUUUGCAUACAGGCAUGGAUGUUUGUGUGAAAAUCAUUAAAAACAACAAGGACUUCUUUGAUCAGAGCCUUGAUGAGAUAAAGCUUCUGAAGUAUGUGAACAAGCAUGAUCCAGCUGACAAGUAUCACCUUCUCAGAUUAUAUGAUUACUUCUAUUACCGGGAACAUUUGUUGAUUGUAUGUGAACUCCUCAAGGCAAACUUGUAUGAAUUCCAUAAGUUCAACAGAGAAUCUGGAGGGGAAGUCUAUUUCACAAUGCCCAGAUUGCAGUCCAUUACAAUCCAGUGUUUGGAAGCACUUCAAUUCCUGCAUGGUCUUGGCCUUAUUCACUGUGAUUUAAAGCCUGAGAAUAUAUUAGUGAAAAGCUACAGUAGAUGCGAGGUCAAAGUCAUUGAUCUUGGAAGUAGCUGUUUUGAGACAGAUCACCUGUGCUCCUAUGUCCAAUCUAGAUCAUACCGUGCACCAGAGGUCAUCCUAGGCCUUCCAUAUGAUAAGAAGAUAGACAUUUGGUCACUUGGCUGUAUCUUGGCAGAGCUUUGUACUGGCAAUGUUCUCUUCCAAAAUGACUCACCGGCAACUCUACUGGCCAGAGUUAUUGGAAUUAUUGGUCCCAUCGAUCAAGAGAUGUUAGCUAAAGGGCGAGAUACAUACAAGUACUUCACCAAAAAUCACAUGCUUUAUGAACGGAAUCAGGAAACAAACCGACUAGAGUACCUGGUAUCAAAGAAAACAUCGUUGAGGCACCGAUUACCAAUGGGAGACCAAGGUUUCAUUGAUUUUGUUGGGCAUUUACUUGAAGUAAACCCAAGGAAGCGUCCUUCUGCAUUAGAGGCUCUGAAGCACCCAUGGCUAUCAUUCCCUUACGAACCCAUAUCAGCCUAA